AUGUUUUCAUGGAUAAAAGGAACAGUAUCAAGAUUAAUCUGGGGUACUCCAAAAACUGAGGAUAUCAAGCAGCCUACCAACCAAGAAGAACAACCUGAAGUUGCUAAGUCAGAAGAACCCAAAAAGAUCGACAAUGAUAAGAAAGAAGAAUCAAAGCCAAUUGCUACACCACAACAACCAAAACAGGCAUCAAAGCCUGCUUUUGAUCGUUCAAUUUUUGUUCAAAGAAAUAAAACUGAUGAGGUCAUUAAGAGAGUUCCUGGUCAAAUCAACGGAAAUCAAUUUGUUGCCUCAGACUUGGUUAGAUGCAAAGUUAUCGUACAAGAUUUUGUUGAUUCAAUGAUCUUCGAUAGAUGUACAGAUUGCGAGUUUAUUUUAUCUGCUGUGAGAGGAUCUAUUUUCGCUCGCACAUGUACUAAUUGCAAAUUUGUCAUGAUUACUGGUCAAUUCAGAUGCCGUGAUUGCAAUAACUGCGAUUUCUUCAUGCAUGUAAAGACAGGCCCAGUUGUUGAAUCUUCACACUCAAUAAGAAUCGGUUGUGCCGAAAUGAACUAUCCAGAAAUGUACGAACAUAUGAAGAAAGCCCAAAUUCCAAUAUUAAAUAACCUUUGGAUUGAUGUUUACAACUUCACACCACAAGAUGGAGAUUUCUCAUACAACAGUGGUGCUAAAUUACAUCUUGAAUUACAAGGAAAUGAAGAAUCUCUUGUUCCAUUUACAUAUCAGAAGGAUUCAUCAAAGACAUAUUUCUCCUUCCAGUGCGCUCAAGAUAAACAAGAUGAAUUGAUCAAACUUUCUCAUCAAGAUGCAAUUCAUAUCCAUAAGAUCACUGAAGAAUCAGAUUCUUUCACAGUUGUUGUUGAAGGAAAGGAUGAAAAUGAAGUUCAAACAGCCUUCUCAGCAGCUUCUAUUUCUAACAUCAAGAAGUUAGAAUAA